CUCACGUGCGAGUCAACGGUCGGCUGUGCACUAGCCUCACGUCUCUCAGCACGGACACUCGGCCACCACUUCGCGUGGCUACACCCGGCCAGGGCCGGCUUUGGGUUCGAGGUAUUGAGAAGAACUUCUCCAAAUCAAAGGUAAACAUUUCCAAGGUGAUUGGAAGGACACGGUUCUUGGCACUCACCCAGGGUACUCGUACUGUCGACGAGUACGAACGAGAGUUCACCCGUCUCAGAGCUUUUGUACCAGAUCUUGUAGGUACGGAAGCAAAGAGAGCCCACCGUUUCACCGACGGACUUCACCCAGUAGUCCGUCACAACAUCGUAGGCCACGGCGUCCAGACCUACGCUCGCGCAGUUGCCAUUGCCCAGGAAGUCGAUGCCAGUAUCCGACGUGAAGCCGUCCAGACACCAGCUCAGUCAGUUACUCAAUCACCAGCCCAGCCCAAAGUUGCCCAACCGUCAAAGAACCAGAAGAAGAGGAAGUACAGAAACACUCUUGAUGACCGGAGGACCCGUCCCAGACAAUAUCCAGAAUGCCCAACCUGCGGGAAACACCAUCGUGGAGAAUGCCUUGUGGGCCAGAACGUUUGUUUCUUUUGCCGCCAGCCAGGUCACUUCAGCAACAACUAUCCAGAACGACU